UUUCCUGGCACUGUCAUCGCGCCUGACUGAGCGUCUGUCUCUUUACUGUUUUCAUUUCUUCUCAGCGACUGAAGAUCCAAACCCCGCUGCGAUCAUGUCCAGAUAUGCUGCAUUUGUUUUCCUUCUCUCUCUUGGACUCGUGUCCCAGCGGUCCAACGCCAUUGAGGUAAAAGUUAAAGACGGGGACAAGUUGUGUCUUUAUGCCAACCUGACGCUCAGCUUCUCAGUCUCCUAUCAAGUACCUGAAAAUAAGAGUAAAACCGUUUCAUUUGAGCUUCCUGAUUCUGUCUCGUCGGAUGCUAGUAAAUGUGACGACACAAGCUCCAUCCUGAUGCUCACUUUCGAAGACAGACACUCCUGGAGCGUUAACUUCACCCAGAAAGACAACACUUACCAGGCCGACGUCAUAACCUUCACCUACAAUCUUAAUGACUCCCACAUCUUCCCAAAUUCUUCAGCCAACGGAACCGUAUCUGUGACAGUAAAGCCUGACAUUGCCAAUAUUGGCUUGGACACGUGCUACUCCUGCAAAAGUGAAGACACGAUCGCAGCUUCGCCAGAGGUCAACAUGACUCUGUCAAACGUGCUCAUACAGGCCUUCGUCGUCAAUGGAACCAAGAGCGAGAACUUAACUAGCUGCGCUGCAGAUUUGCCGAAAACUACCACCGCCGCUCCAGUCACCAAUAAAACAACUGUGGCACCGACCACAAACGCCACUACCACCGUGGCACCAACCACAAACGCGACUACCACCAUGGCACCGACCACUAACGCAACCACGACUGCUCCUCCUACCACCCCAACACCCACUCUCCCCACUCCCACCGUUGGGAACUACUCCGUCAAGCCUGAUGUGAACAGCACGGCCUGCCUGCUGGCCAGCUUUGGCCUGAGGAUUGGUUUCAAACAGAACGAGAAAUAUCAGGAAACGAACUUUGAGCCUCCAGCUGAAGCUUCUGGGAUAUGUGGAGUCAACAGCAGUGAGCUUCAGUUGGUGUCUGGAAACAUCACUGUUAAGCUCACCUUCGUCAGUGAUUCAAAGAAGUUCCACCUGCAGGCCAUAAACGUCAACAUCAGCUCAGGCUCUGGGGAUUUUGUUCAGGGAAGCACAAACCUGACUCUGUGGGAGGCCACUGUUGGCAGCUCCUACAUGUGCAACAAGGAGCAAAACUUCACCAUCACCGACCUGCUCUCCCUCUACACCUUCAGCCUGCACGUGCAACCAUUUGGAGUGAAGAAUGGCCUUUAUAGCACAGCCCAUGAAUGUUCACUGGAUGACUCCAGCAUCCUAAUCCCAAUCAUUGUUGGCGCUGCUCUGGCUGGCUUGAUUCUCAUUGUAGUGAUCGCUUACGUGAUUGGUCGAAGAAAGACCCAUGCUGGAUAUCAGACCCUUUAAAUCCCUGUGUGCAUUUGUUCCUGAGUUUGGUCACGGGGUUCCCAAGCCUGGUCCUUGGCUUUGAUCUGGCAAAUGUCUUUAAAAUCGGAGCUAAACACAAAAUAUGGUGGGAAAAAAAACUAUCUUUUUAGGAUCAGUUGGUAUUAAAAUAAAGGAAAAAUGAACAAUAUGAGCUGUUUUUCUUAUCAGGGCCUCUAAUGGCUUUAAUAACACAUUGACAUUAGUACAAAAACACAUUGGAUAUUUUUUCCCUCAAGGACCAAUCUUGAUUAUCCCCAUAGUUUUUGUUUUUUGUUUUGUUUUUAUCCUGUUGUCUUUUCCAUUUUGCUUUUUGUUAAUCCUGCAGUUCAGAUAAACAGAAUCACACAAAGCCUUAUGCUCUGUAUGCUGGUGCAAAGAUCCCUGAAUGUUUAUUGUCUCUGGUCACUAGUUUUCACACCAAUGUUCACCUUUAUGAUCCUGCACUUGUUCAGUACACCUCCUCUUUCUUUGUUUUGGUUUAUGGUUUUAUUUUUCAUCCUAUUAAUUAUCAAAUCAAGGAACUCAAGCUCCUUUCUGUUUUUAUUCCCAGAAUUUCACAAACAUGAAUAGGUCACGUUGGCUUUUCCUCUCGUUUUAUUCACUUUAGAUCAGAAGAAAUAUUGGGAAUUUAUGGCCGUUCAUGUUAUGAAUGCAACGUCAGAUUUGGUUUUACUUUACAGAUAUUCUCUCAUUGUUAGCAUCGACAUCAGGCAGUUCUGGUUUAGAUAGAAACAAUGGUUUCUGCAUCAGGUAUAAAGUGCAAACAGAAUAAGAUGAUAAUAGUGCACGAUGAAGCCAUUGUUUACCUAAUUAAUUAAACCUGUGUGAAUCGUGUUUUGCUGUUUGAACACACUCCUGCUAGAGCAAACUAGGAAGUGAGCUCCUUUUUUUUUUUUUUUUAUGAUCGUCAGCAAACACAGUGGCAUUAAAAUUAGAAAAGGGAAAUUAUUUUUGUCACUUUCAACGCAGAUAAUUCUGAAAUCAGGAUAUUUGCAUAGAAAUGCACUAAGUGAGUCUUUAUGUGUCGCUUGUUGUCAAAUGAUCUCUGCUUGUUAAGAUCAUCUGGAUCCACGGUCCUGAAAACCUUUCACCUUGUCUUUAAACUUUAAUGACGGUUUAAAGGUAAAUCGGAAUAAAGCUUUGGAGAAAAAUGACAACAGAAGCAGUUUAAAUGCUGAAAAGCUGAACAUAAAAAAAAAUCUUAGUACACUUUUGUUUUAAGAGGUGCACCAGUUUGGCCUUUUCUGAAUUUUUGCUUUUGUCUGACUUCCUAGUCUGAACUUUUUUUUUCUUCUUUCUUUUAAUAAAAUAUUCAAAUAUAUCGCAUUAUUUACAAUAAUAAAUGACAAUAAAAAACAGGCAGAAUGUGCUGCAGGUUGAUGCUGAGAGAAACUCCUCAGGCUUUUUAUAGCAUUAAAAAACAGUUAAGACUUAACAUGGAGGGAGUUCUUAGCUGUGUUUCAUUUAAUAAAUAAAUAAAAUGAAAACAAAAAAGCAACUUUAAGCUUUUGGCUGUCUGAUUUGCCACUGGUGCAUCUCUAGUGGUUUAUUUUAUUUUGUUACCAACUUUGUAGUAAAGCCUCCUAACCUUUGCUGGUCUGCAGCUGAAAGUCCAGUUAGCCUGUAGAUUUUAUUAGAUUUGCGGCGGCUCAAACCGCAUCCAUCAGCAGACGUUAAUUUACCGCCAUGUGUGUUCAAGUAAUCGCUUACAUUUCCUGGUUUAAAAAAAAAAAAA